CGCCGACCAGAUAGGAAGUCGUCGUCGUCGUUGUCGUCGGCGCGAUCGAGAGAAGCCAGCAGCAUCGAGAAGACACCGUGUGACGAACUCGAGUGAGUGUCGUGAACGUGGGCCGUCAUCCCGUUGCGUGCAUCCGCUCCGUCUCCGCUCCCUUUCAGGGCCCGGGGAGUUGUACCUCAACCUAUCCCACCCCACCACACUCCCGCGACGAUCCUUCCAUUUAGUUUGCUGUUCUUAUUUGAGCGGUUGGAUCACCUUGCGAUACCGUGCUGCUGACGAUGAUGAUGAUGGCGGCGAUGAUGAUGCUGCAGCAAGCAAACAAGCCCUGACCCAGAGUGUUUCCUACGAUAAAUAGGUGCUAAUCGAUGGUGUGUACCCUUAUCCACUCCAGCCACUCCACCCACAGAAACGAUCCCCGGAAUCGAAACCGACACGACACACCCACCCACCCAAUCACCCACCCACGACGCGGACGAGCGUCGCCUGGCCUGCUGCUAGGCUGGCUUGUCGACCACGAACCACAAGCCAGCGGGGGGCGCAGGGGGGGUCGGGGGCUGCGCGCCAGCUGCCAGUGUGCUGUUAGUGUGUGUGCUAGUGUGCUAGUGUGCUCUAGUGUGCUCCAGUGAGCUGCGUGCAAAACAACCAAAAACUGUGCAACCAGGUGACCAGCGACCAGCGACUCGCACGCGUGUGCGAAGCAGCAACUUGUGAAAGAAAAAGAAAAAUGGAAUCCACGAGCAGGAUGGACCGGCGGGCCAGUGGUCGAUCGUCGGUGACCACCACAACCACCACCGCUGUCAACACACUACCGGUGCUGCUGCCGCUGCUGUUGCUGGUUUGCUGCUGGACCGGUCCGUGGGGUGGGCCGGUGGGCACCGCUGCUUUCAACCUUGACACGAUCAACUUCAUCCUGCAGGAGGGCGACCCGAACUCGAUGUUCGGCUUUAGUGUGGCGCUCCACCGCGAGCAAAACAAGAGCUGGGUCAUCGUGGGUGCUCCGACGGCCAAUACCACGCAACCGGACGUGAUCGAGGGUGGGGCGGUGUACCGGUGUGACAUCUACGACGACACCCGGUGCUCUCUGGUGCCGUUCGAUAACGAAGGCAAUCGGAUGAACGAUCAGAACGAGCAAAUCGACACCAAGUCGAAUCAAUGGUUCGGUGCGACAGUCGUUAGCGCCGGCAUCGAUGGACCGCUCGUGGCUUGCGCACCACGAUACGUCUUUCACCAGCUGCAACCGAGGAAGGCGGAACGGGUGGAACCGGUCGGUACCUGCCACAUAGCGAAGAACAAUAUGCGCGAGUUCCAGGAGCUGUCACCGUGCCGGACCUCUUAUUGGGGGUAUCAUCGGCAGGGUUCGUGCCAGGCAGGGUUCAGCGCGGCGUUGACCAAAGAUGGCACACGCGUCUUCAUCGGUGCACCGGGAAGCUACUACUGGCAAGGACAAAUGUACUCCAUUAACACCGACGUUGUGUUUCCCUAUAAACCUCCGCGGUAUGGUCACUUUGGCGAAGGUCAAAUCUACUCGUACAGCCUGAACAACCCGAAGGACAAGGUGUACAAGACGCUGGAGGACAAGAAGGACGAGGAUGACAGCUACCUCGGUUACUCGGCGACGACCGGCGACUUCAACGGCGACGGUACGCAGGGUGUCGCGGUUGGUAAACCGCGCGGUGCCGGCCUCCUCGGGAAGGUGCUGAUCUACGCCUGGAACAUGACGAACCAGCAGAACAUUACGGGCGAGCAGAUCGGUGCGUACUUCGGUUACUCGCUGGCCGCGGUCGACGUGGAUGGCGAUGGGCUGGACGAUCUGAUCAUCGGUGCACCGAUGCACACGGAACCGAACAACGAGGGCAAGUACGAGACGGGCCGGGUGUACAUCAUCUACCACGGUAGCGGUGCGGACCAGCGGCGGUUCGGUGAGCUGGAGACGCGCGACGGCACCAUGAGCCGGGCCCGGUUCGGUCUGUCCGUCUGCUCGCUGGCCGACAUCAACCUGGACGGUUACGGGGACUUUGCGGUCGGUGCACCGUACGAUGGGCCUAGUGGGCGCGGUGCCGUCUACGUGUUCUACGGUGCGCGCACCGGUACCCUCGCCAAACCCUCGCAGGUGCUGCAGGCGGAAGAGCUGACGUGGGGCGUCCCGGGGCGCCUCAGCACGUUCGGCUUUUCGCUCGCCGGUGGCAUCGAUCUCGAUGGUAACCAGUACCCGGACCUAGCGGUCGGUGCGUACGAUACGGACAAGGUGCUCGUCUUCCGAUCCCGACCGGUCGCCACGAUGGAGGCGAGCACACUGUUCGAGACGGAGAACAAGCUGAUCUCGCUGGACGAACGGAACUGCACGCUGGAGCGUACGCAGAAGCAGGUCGCCUGUACGGUCGUGAACUCCUGCCUCAAGUACGGCGGUAUCAACGUACCACCCAUGCUGGACAUCGAGAUCGGUUGGACGCUGGAUGCGCGCAGUCCGCGCAGUCCCCGGCUGUUCUUCCUCAACGACGAGGGCCGGAACGUGCUGAACCAGUCGAUGCGGCUGUACCGUGGUAAGCUCGAGUGCCGGAGCGAGCGGGUGUACGUGGGCGAGAGCGUCCGGGAUAAGAUAACACCACUGGAGGUUGAGAUGCGGUACGGUUUGCGGGAGAGUCGCGUUGGUGGUGCGGCGAGUACGCUCGCCAGCAGCCGGCAACGCCGGCCACGGCUGAACGUCGAGCCAGUGCUGGACGCGAACCGGGGUACGGUGCAGCGCGAUUCAAUCAACAUCCAGAAGAACUGCGGUCCGGACAACGUCUGCAUACCGGACCUGCGGCUCGACAUCAAGUCGGUCGACGAGUAUCUGCUCGGUUCGAACAAUCUGCUCACGAUCGAGGUGCUGAUCACGAACCGGGGCGAGGAUGCGUUCGAGGCCGGCUUCUACAUGGCAGUACCGGCCGGGCUCGACUUCCGGCGUGUCGACCGGUUGGGUGAGGUGCGCGAUGUACCGGUCCUGUGUACGGCACCGUCGCACGCCAACAACGGUACGCUCCGGUGUGACAUCGGUAAUCCGCUCGCGAGCGGUAAGGUGGUCAACUUCAAGGUCAUCCUAGCGCCCUCGUUCGCCGUUGGCAUGGCACCGAGCUACGACUUCUAUCUCGAGGCGAACUCGACGAACCCGGAGCUCGGCCUUACCCUGCACAACAAUGUGGUGCGCAAGAGCAUCGGCAUCUCGAUCCGGACGAACCUAGCCCUGUCGGGGGUGUCACUGCCGGACGAGUUCCUCUACAACUACACCGAGUACAAGCCGCUGGCGGAGGCGACGAGCGAGCGGGAUCUCGGUCCGCAGAUCGUGCACAUCUACGAGAUCCGCAACGAGGGCCCAUCGACGAUCGACGAGGCCGAGUUCUUCGUCCUCUGGCCGACGGAAACGAUCGACCAGGUGCCACUGAUGUACCUGCUCAAUCAGCCCGAAACGCACGGUAACAUCCAGUGCCAGCCGACCGAGUACGCCAACAGCCGGCACCUCGCCCUCGAUACGGUGCUCGCCCGGAAAAGCUUCCUCGACAAGGUGGGCGUCUCCGGUACCAGCUACUCGUCGGUUGCCGGCGGUACUGGCCGCCUGACCCGCCUCCAGGGUCUUGACGGUGCCACCGUCACACCCUCGAUCUCAUUUUCCUCUGGUGGUGCUGGUGGAGCAACCGGCAGCGCCGCUACUGGUGCUAGCCGGACACAAACCGAUGCCGGUGCCGGUGGCCGCGGACGUUACUACGAAUCCAGCGAGCGGCGCUUCCAGUCCAGCACUUCGGGUGGAGGAGCGGCAGCCAAUGACAGCGGCUACGAGCGACGACAGCAGCAGCAACACUCGCAAUCAUCAUCCUCCUCGUCCUCCUCGUCCUCGGUGUCGUCAGCAAGUGGUGGCAGUGGAGUAGCCGGCAGCGGGUCCUACGCCACCGAGCGCAGACAGGAAUCGAACUAUGGCUCGGGCUCACGACAACAAGGCCAAAGCUACGGUGCUGCUGCUGCUGGUGGUCAGGGACAACACCAACAGCAGCUGGAAGUCACUGGAGGUGAGCGAGGUGGUACGAGUAGCAGCAGUAGCACGAGCACCUUCUACGCCUCUCGCAACCGUACUAUCCAUCGCACGGAAGAUGGACCCGGUGGACGGGUUACGUACGAGAGCACCGAGUAUCGGAAGUACGGUUCGGAUGGUGGCAUCGGUCCCAACUCGCUCGGUAUCUCGGUCGGCAAGGAAGGCAGCUACGCCGCAGGCACCGGCAGCAGCAGCUCCGGCAGCACCAACAGCUACUCGGAACACCAGUACGGAGGUUCGUCCGGCCGGUUCGUGGCCACGCAGGGCACUUCCGGUGGACAGAGUCUGUCGGUUGCUGGCGCUAGCACCACCGGCGUUUCGUCGGCAUCGGGGAGUGGCAGGCGCCGCAUGAUGAGCCAGCAGGAUGGCGAGGGGUUGUCUGGUUCGCAUCGGGCGUCCGGCGGGCUCGUCACCGAUUUCCUGCCACUCGAUGGAAGCCACCGGAGUAGCGGCCAUGACGGUGAUGCACUCGACGCAAUGGCGAACCGGUUCCGUACGGACUACACCAGCAGCGGCAGCACCAGUAACACCGGGCGCACCUCCAGCUCCAGCUCGACCAGUCACACCUCCAGCUCGAGCACUUCCUCUUCAUCCUCCUCUGGUAGCACCACUGUCCAGCAGCAACAGCAGCAGCAGCAUAUGGCGUCCGGAGCAGGCACGGGCUCGUACCAUCAUACGACGGGCGGUACGGGCCACGGGCAGCAGCAUUACCAGGGCAUGUCGUCGAACGGAACGCACAUGAUCUACACCAGCGGUUCGACGGCGUACGGUGGCGUCGGCGAUGAGGACGAGGACAGCUACGAUGACGCGCUGUACGAUCGGAGCGAGGAAGCAUACGAGGAGGACGGUGGCACGGAUGUACCGCCGCGAUCCAGCGCCCACGAUUACAUCGGUUCGCAUCAUCACCACCAACAGCAACACCACCAACAGCAGCAGCAAUACUCUGGCCAGCAGUAUGCCGGUACGACCAUACCGCACCUCAGCAAGCAGCACCUAAACCAGGGCCACGAGACCGUCGACCAGAAGUUCCGCUACUACCAGCGGUUCGAUCAGCGCCGGCAGCGACGUCAGGCGACGACCACGACCAGCACCGAGUACGGUACGCCGGUGGACCGGGCGCUCGAGGAGGCUCUCACCUGCCAUACGGCGCGCUGCGCAAUGCUACGGUGCGUCGCCGGUCCGAUCGGCAACAAGGACGUCGCGUUCAUCGCACUCCGGACGCGGGCGAUCGCCCACACGCUCCAUCAGCUGUCCGCAUCGACGCCGCUCCACUUUUCCACCAAGAUCGUGGCGCGCGUCACGAAGCUACCGUACAUCGGGCAGCCGAAGGAGAAACCGAUCAAGACGCACGAGAUCAAGGUGCUAGCGGUACCGGAACCGAUACCGAAGCCGGACGUUGUGCCGCUCUGGAUCGUGGUGCUGGCGGCGUGCGCCGGUACCCUCAUCCUGCUCCUGCUCAUCUAUCUCCUGUCGAAGUGUGGCUUCUUUGAGCGAAACCGACCGACGGACUCAUCCGAGCGGCAACCACUAAACCGGAACGGUAACUAUCCUGGCGACGAACACCUAUAAAAAGCAACGCCAGGCAGGGCUUUGGCAAGGGUAGCCAAGGGAGGGGGGGAGGGGGUGGGAAAAGGGACCUUUUGCCUUUCGCCCCCCGCGGGAUCCAGCCCUCCCCUCUGCCUGUAUCUCGCUCUCUUUCUCUCUAUCUCUCUCUCUCUCUAGCGGGAUGCCAAAACUAAAACACGCACCUCGUUUUCAUUCUGUUUGUGUGUGUGUGCGCGUCUGUGUGUGUGUAUCCGCGUGUGUAUGUGUGUGUGUGUGUCCGUGCGUGAUUGUGAUCGAUCCGUUACAGCCUAGGGUGAAACGGGGAGAAGCACCACCAGUCCCAAACCAGCCAAACCAGGGGGUAGCAACCAGGCGGCGUGCCGUCGGUUGAGAUGACCGUGCUCGGCCCUUUGAAUCGUGCCAAUGGGGAGGGGAAGGUGUGACGGUGGCACGAACCACGCAUCGUCCUAACUGACAUACGCAAAAAUACCACCACCACCAGCACCACGACCAGCAACACCAGCGGGCGGCGGCCAUGGUGCCACGCCAUUUGGCGUCGCAACUCGCACCCGCAUCGUCCGGAUGUGUGUGUGUGUGUGUUUUGAUCUAACAGAAUAGUAUUUGUAAAAUGACUUUUAUUAUCCCCCCCCCCCCCACCCCGUUAGUGAUUAUCCCCAUUCCUAUUAACACCCCCUCCCCUUCCGCCUUCCUAUUCCACUUCCCCCGUUAUUCAUCCCCCGCAACAACCCCCUGUUUCCCUAACUGUUUACCCAACUAGUCAGUUACUGCGGAGGCGACCUUUUUGGUUACAAUUCAUAAGUAACAACAACGACAACAAAAAACAAAGGCAAACAGCAGCAGCAGCAAUCUAGGUUAGUACGACCGAGGAUGUCGUCAGGGAGAGGAGGGAGGGACGGUAUUUGUGUCAGGUGAAGUGCCAAUAGGAUUAGUAGGAAGUAGCCGCAGCGCAAACCGUGCUCGUCCGUCAGCUGCUGGGACGGCUCCCGCAUCGAGCACGGUUGUUGUUCUGCCUUGUGCCCAAGGUACCUAAUAGAACGGAAAAGAAAAACCAGAGAGAGAGAGAGAGAGAGAGCGAAAAAGGCGCGAGAGACAGAGAGAAAAGGAAAGAUAACAACGAGAGAACGAGAGAGCGUGAGAGAGAGAGAGAGAGAGAGAACGAAAGUUUUUAACAAGACCGGCCAAAUUAGUAAAUAGUUCUCAGUUCGAGAUGCCAUUUAUGAUACCCUCCACACCUCCCUCACCCCUUCACCAUCCGUUACUACUAGCAGUGCCCCAACACACGCGCCCAAUUGUGUAUCGAUGCAAUGUAUUGACCCUAUGGUUGACGUCAUAGUUUUAUUUAGCGUUCUGUAGGCAAUAUUAACACAUCGAUCAAACGUUUUACAAUCCCACGGGCUACCGACGGCGUAAUAUGAUGCAUCAGUUACGGAGGCACUUUUAAAGACAUACCGGACGAUUGGUGUGAUCGGAAAUCGGGUUAAAAAAAAGAGACUGAAAAAGAGGAAAACAUGAUUUAAGCAUAAUAGUACAAUUCUGCCCAAAAGCGCUUGUAUUGGUCUAUUCAGUCGGAAUUUCACUACACCUGUUGAAAGUUUUCAUGAACAUGCUAAUUGGAAAAUUGCCGAUUGCCGGUUGCAUCAUGCUUACAAGCGAAAUCAAUAUAAGUCGCCGCCCUCACUAUAUUUACAAGACUCUGCAGUUGCAUUCAUGCGUACCUCAAGUGUACCGUAAACAUGCUGAAUAAAUGGGUGUCAAUUAGUUUGCAUGUUACUAGUGCAUAAAUAAUAUUGGGCGCGUGUUUCGGCCGCUUUUCUCGCGAGCGUUUUGCGCUGUUUGCGACGUGUCCACCCAUCCGGGUUCAAACGUAGAGAGGCCCCUUCUGGCCUUCGUUGUUCCAUGGUUGAUACACAGUGGCUGGUUUUGCUAGCAGCGUAGCAGCACACAAGCACACGUAUUUCCUGCCCCCGUAGUUGAAGACCGAUAAUCCAUGCAUUAGAAUAUAACAACAAAAAACAGAUCCUAGUCCGAGGCGCGGUUGAAGCGGGCGAUAAGCGGGUUCGUCCGCGGCGCAACACCCGCUGGACCGCUCCGGUAUGUGUGCCUUAUAGCAGUGGAAGAGGGGAUGGGAUGUGAGGAAAGGUAGUAGAGAGGAAUAAUAAUAAAAAAAACAAAAGGAUUAAUGAAUAAAUACCCGGCAGCGCUAGAACGACACUCUGGCACCGAGCUAGGUGUGCGGUGUGCGACGAGAAUAAGAGAUUUUAUAGAAAGCAAUACACAUACACUCUCUCACACAGAUAAUUAUAUGUAUAGUGUUAUUAAAAAAACAAAACCGUAGGGAUAUUGACAUAAAUAGAGCCACCGUGGCCUUCGUAGCGUUAUGGCGCCCCCCUCCUCUAUUACGCGCUUGAUAUUAACUUAACACGGAUGCUGCCUUAUCGAAUCGUAACCUACCGCCGCACAGAUAACCUUAAUAACUUAUUGUGAAAGAAGGCAGGAAACGGAAGUAAAGGAAACGAAAGGGAAACGAAAGUGGGUGGCUGAAAUGGUCGAGGGGGAGUGUGAGAGGGAGAGCGAAUUUCGUGCCUUAGAGGGUGGCGUAGAGGUUUGAUAGGUUUUUUAAACUUUUUUUGUCGCUCCGCGCGUAAUGUGUAAUACAAUCAGGAACGAUUUUUCACAAAGCAGCACAACGGAACGGAUUCACAAAUUAAUGUAUAAUGCUUUGUUACAAUAAAUUAAUAAACAACCAAACAAACGACAACAACAGUCAUCGUGUCGCAAGGGAAAAACAAACACCAGAAACUGAUCGCGAAAAGCAUAUAAGGGGUGCUGGAUGGGAUGGGUUCGGUCGCUCGAGUGGAAUGCCGCUCGGCCAAAGUCCGAAACGGCAGCAAUGGCAGCAGGUGCCUCAUACAUGGUCAGGACUGGCCCACCGAACUG